AUGGGGAAGCUCAUCAGAGACAUGAGGGGCGUGUCGCGACCAGGCGCCGUGGCGCAGUUCAAUAAUGAUGUGAUGCUGGAGCUGUGGCUCUACAUGGCCUACAAGCACGGCUGCGCGACCAGCGUCUCGGUUUUCGAGCCGUCAGGCUUGUUUUUGCGCAUGCAGGACGCGGGGCUGGGGUGGGCGGACUUUUGGGACACCUUCCCUUACGAGCUGAGGGAGCAGGGCACCUGCCUGGACGACGACACCGUCGAUGCGCUGGGUGGCGCACCCAUGGGCGUGUCCACGGCAGAGGCGGGCGUGGAGCAGCCGCCCGCAGGGCUGUUGGCGCAGGGAGCGUCGCCCGUGGAUCUGUUUGCGUGGCUGUGCAGCGGCUCGGCGGCUGAGCAGCAGGCGCAGCAGGACACCUCCGAAAACGAUCAACAGCGGGACCAGGACGAGCAGCAGCAGCAGGAGCAGGAGGAGCCGCUGCAGUGGGAGCAGCGGGAGCAGGAGCAGGAGGAACAGCUGCAGCAGGAGCAGCAGCAGCAACAGCAGCGGGCGCAGCGGGAGCAGCAGCAGCAGCAGCAGCAGCAGCAGCAGCAGGAGCAGCAGCAGGAGCAGCAGCAGCAGGACCAGCAGCGGGCGCAGCAGCAGCGCGAGCGGCAGGAGGCGGUGGUGCAGGACCCCUCGCAGGCGGCACAACAGCAGCUGGAAGGCGGCAGGGAGCCUAGGCCGCAGCGUUCGCGAAGACGGAGGCGGCGGCCUAUGAGCAGGGGCCACGAUGUGACCGGCGCUGCGGCAGGGGAGGACGCCGGGGAAGGCAGCAGCGGCAGCGAGCGCGAGUGCGAUGACGACAGCAGCGGCAGCGGCAACGACAAUGCGCCAGCGCCGUUUGCUGCUGUGCACAAGGCGCUGACGGCCGACGAUGAGAGCCUGCUGGAGGCUGUGCUGGGGCUGGUGCCGUACAGGUGA